UUAUCUUCAAGAAGUGGCGCUUCAAAAAACCUCUUUCUUCAAUCUCUGAGUGAGAGAGAGAGAGUCAGCGAAAAUGGAGCUCUGCGUUAUCAGCUCGAUUAAUCCUUUUCAUUCAUCUUCAACACGACGUCUCUUCCAAUCCGAUAGCUUGUUCCUCUCUCGUGAUGGUUGCUCUCUGCUAAGAUUCAACGGUAGGCUUUUGAAGAAACCAAUCAAGCCCUUGGAGCUUUCUUGUGCCGCCAAGAAAAUUGGCAGCGGUGGUGGAGGAGUCCGGCGAUCAGCGGCGUCAACCAAGGCCGCUCCGGCGGUUGAACCGAGCGUAAAGGAAGACAAGCUUCCCGCUGAGCUUCAGGUCAAGGAGAUUCCAGCGCCGAAUUCAAGUGUGAAACUGAGUGUGGAAGUUCCAGCAGUUGUCUGUGAAGAUUGUUACCAGAGAGUCCUGACCGAGUUCAUGAAAAUGGCAAAGGUUCCUGGAUUCCGUCCUGGAAAGAGAGUUCCAGAGAAUAUCAUUGUCGGUUUCGUUGGGAGGCCAUACGUUUUGAGAGCUACUGUUGAAUCUAUCUUGAAAAGAACACUUCCUCACGCCAUGGAGUCUGUGACUGGAAAGGCUUUAAAAGACUCUAUACAGAUAGUAAGCAGCUUUCCGGAGAUGGAGAAGGCUUAUUCUCAGCUCAAGACUCUUAGUUACGAGGUGGUUGUUGAUGUGGUCCCUGAGCUGAAAUGGAACCCUGAGAAUGGGUAUAAAGAUAUGAAGGUCGUUGUUGAAUUAGGCGAUGAGAUUGACGCUAAGAAAGCUUGUGAAAGACAGCUUAGACAGAAGUACAAGUCCCUUGGCGCUUUGAAGAUUGUCACUGACCGAGGUCUAGAGGUGGGAGAUCUUGCGGUGAUUGAUAUAUCUGCUACAACUAUAGACGAGGAUGGGUCAACGGGUGAAGCUAUUCCUGAUGCUGAAAGCAAAGGUUUUCAUUUUGACACGGAAGAAGGGAACAGAUUGCUUCCUGGAUUCCUUGAUUCAAUCUUAGGAAUUAAAGCUGGGGAAUCAAAGUCAUUCUCGCUUGUGUUUCCUGAAUCAUGGAAGCAAGAAACCCUCCGUGGCCAACGUGCUCAGUUCACUGUUGACUGUAAGGAACUAUUCUACAGAGAUUUACCAACUUUAGAUGAUUCACUUGCUGAUAAGUUGCUUCCCGGAUGCACCACCUUGAAGGAGGUUGAAGAAACUCUGACUAAAAGAUGCCAAGAGAUGGAGGAGGAAGCCAAGGAGCAAGCAACAGACAACGCCAUUCUUGAACAGAUAAGAAAGAUGGUUGAAGUAGAGAUUCCUCAGUCUUUAUUUGAGGAACAAGGAAGACAGUUUUAUGGAGCUAGGCUUCUAGAGAUUCAGGGUAACAUGAAACUCACAGAAGAUCAAUUGGCUUCUCUUUCAAGUCAAAAAUCAGUGAAUGAGUUUCUAGAAACUCAAAGAGAGAGCAUUACCAACAUAAUCAAGCAGAAUCUAGCUGUUGGAGAUAUCUUCAAGCGUGAAAACUUAGAGUUCUCAACAGAUGAACUAGUGAAAGAAGUGGAGAACUCGGUCACAGAGUUCAAGAAACAUAAACAAGAGUACGAUGAGGAACGUGUGAAAGAUCAGGUACAAGAGAUUUUAGAAGGAGCAAAAGUGCUAGAGUGGCUGAAAGAACGAGCUGAAAUUCAAUACAUUAUUCGUUGAUUAGCAUAAGUAAUGUAUGAAUGAUCUACAUGUUCUAUUUUUCACGAGCAUUUUAUUUUGAGUUAUGAUUAUUUUGUCAUGAGAAAGACCUUUUUACUAUUUUCGAUGAUUGUUUGUAAGACUUAUUGUUUUUACUAGUUGCAAUGAAUUAUUCUGAAUAUAA